AUGGCCCGCCAUAUAAGACUCAGUGGUGAGCGCGUGAUGCUCCCCCGGCAGAACACACCCACACCGACCACCGGCGGCCGCGAGCGCGUCAGCAUCAACAAGGGAUGGCGCUUCUGGCGCUCCGAGUUCAACCUAGAUGGCCUGAUCUACGACCAGCGCCCGGACCUCGAGAGCCUCACCGACACCUUUGCCCUGAAGCCCUGGAUCCUGCCCUCGGCAAACGACUUCAUCAAUGACCCGGCCAAGCACUACGAGCGCCCCGGCAGCGAGCCCUCGCGCAAUGUCUCGUACGCCUCGGCGAGCUUUGACGAUGGUUCGUGGGAGAGUGUCAACCUGCCUCACGACUGGGCUAUCGCGGGCCCGUUUUAUACCGAGGAGAACCCCAUUAUUGGAGGUGGGAUGGGCCGCUUGCCUGUGCAUGGCGUGGGUUGGUACCGUCGCUCGUUGACGGUCACCCCGGAGGAUGAGGGCAAGGCUAUCUUCCUCGACGUGGAUGGCGCCAUGUCAUAUGCGAUGGUUUGGCUCAAUGGUUACCUGGUCGGUGGCUGGCCUUACCCGUACAACUCGUUCCGCCUCGACCUCACGGCGCACCUCAAGAGUGGACAAGACAACGUUCUUGCCAUCCGACUAGACAACCCUCCAGACUCGGCACGCUGGUAUCCUGGAGGUGGCAUCUACCGCAAUGUGUGGCUGACCAAGGUCAACCCUGUCCACGUUGCGCAAUGGGGCACCUACAUCAUCACAAAGGACGUCUCCUCCGAAUCCGCUACCGUAGACUUAGUAGUCGAGAUCGAGAACAAGGGCGACUCCGACCAGGACGUUGAAAUCUCAACCGAGAUCCACCUCCUCGACUCUUCCACAGACAAGCCGGGAGCCAAGGUCGCCGAACUCACCAGCUCAUCAACAUCCGCCACGGCGGGCAGCAAAGCCCAAGUCAACGGCUCAACAACCGUCACAUCCCCCCUGCUCUGGGGCCCGCCACCGACCCAGAAACCGAACCGCUACGUCGCCGUAACAACAGUCACUCUCGCCGGCGCCGUCGUCGACACCUACGAAACCCGCUUCGGCAUCCGCACCGUAACCUACGACGCGAACCGCGGCCUCCUCGUCAACGGCGAACACGUUCUCAUCCAAGGCGUAAACAACCACCACGACCUCGGCGCAAUCGGCGCAGCCUUCAACACCCGUGCCGCUGAGCGUCAGCUCGAGGUCCUCGAGGAGCUCGGUUGCAACGCCAUCCGCAUGUCCCACAACCCUCCCGCCCCCGAACUCCUGGAGCUCACGGACAGCCGUGGAUUCCUGGUUAUGGACGAGGUGUUUGACUCGUGGUACCGCAACAAGACGGCAAACGACUUCCACCUCAUCUUUGAAGACUGGCACGAGGCCGAUCUGCGUGCCAUGAUGCGCCGCGAUCGCAACCACGCCUCCGUCGUCAUGUGGAGUUUCGGCAACGAAGUCUCGGAGCAGCAGAUUGGCGACCCAGGCACCGUCCCCGCGCUCGAACUGCACGGCAUCGUCGGCGAAGAGGAUCCUACCCGGCCAUCUACCGCGUCCAUGAACUUUGCCAAGCCAAACAUGUCCUUCCCUACUGCCAUGGACGUCCUCAGCUUGAACUACCAGGGCGAAGGCAUCCGCGACACGCCAAACUACUCCUUCCUCCCCGGCGUGAGAACGCACCCACUGUACGCCGACUUCCACGAGGCCUUCCCCGACAAGAUGAUCCUCAGCAGCGAGACGGCCUCAGCACUGAGCACGCGUGGGACUUACAUGUUCCCCGUGACGGGUGACACCGGCGCCCCCGUAAACGACACAUCGGGUGGAAACUCCACUUCGCAGCAGGUCAGCGCGUACGAGCUCUACUCUGCCAACUUUGGUUCCUCGCCCGACAAAGUCUUCGAGGCGCAGGACACGCACCCCUUUGUCGCGGGCGAGUUCGUCUGGACGGGCUGGGAUUACCUCGGCGAGCCGACGCCUUACUACACGGCGCGCAGCUCAUACUCUGGCAUCAUUGACCUUGCGGGCUUCAAAAAGGACCGCUUCUUUUUGUACCAGGCGCGUUGGAGGCCGGAUGUCAAGUUUGCGCAUGUGCUGCCGCACUGGAACUGGCCCGAGGACCGCGUUGGCGAGGUUACUCCCGUGCAUGUGUUUACAUCGGCUGACGAGGCCGAGUUGUUCGUCAACGGGGUCUCGCAGGGCAGACAGACGCGCGCGGAGCUGACGUACCGCUUCCGAUGGGACGACGUUGUGUACGAGCCCGGCGAGAUCCGGGUGGCGACGUAUAAAGACGGCGCAGACUGGGCCGAGACGACGGUGCGUACUGUCGGUGCGGCCGCGAAGCUUCGCGCGUCGGCCGACCGUACGACGAUCGCUGCCGACGGCGUGGAUCUGUCGUUCGUGACUGUCGAGGUGCUGGAUGCGAACGGCGAUGUAGUGCGGUUUGCAGAUGAUGAAAUUACCUUCUCCGUCAGCGGGCCUGGCAAGAUUGUUGCGACUGAUAAUGGUGACCCGGCGGACUUGGUUGCGUUCCCGUCGUUGGUGCGCAAGGCGUAUAGCGGUCUUGUGUUGGCUAUUGUGAAGUAUGAGGAGGGUGUUGCGGGAGAUAUUACCGUGACGGCUUCUGGUGCGGGCCUCGAGGGGGUUGAAGUUGUUGUCAAGACGCAAUGA